AUGCAUUGUAGCACAUCUUUACUACCGGACCGAGACAUUGCGUCAUUGUGUGCGAUUCGUCUGAUGCCCAAAACGAGACAUCGUGACUUUUCUCCAGCUGCUGUGUACUGUUGUGCGAAACACUGUGACCGCAACAUGUCCUCCACACCUUCAUGCCGCAAUUGGUUUGAUUUCUUUCGACGGCAGCGUGUGAACAGCCAGCCAGCAGCCCCUUUCAGAUUUUACGGCACUGUCGACCCUUGGCAUCAGUUGGCUCACUUUGCUCGCCUUGCCUCAACUCGGAAUCGUCCCUUACCCCAGCCGGGCCAACGAUCCGAGAGCCCUUGA